AUGCCGCAGGAGCAACAGACCACUUUCCCUGACCCUGAUAGACCUGACAUAUGGUACCACCUGUUUGAGCCCCCCACACCUGCUUCUGGAACACACCACGUCUUUGCUGUCUCGCUCAUUUCGACCCCGCCACCCAUUGCGAACUCUGCCUCUAUCAUAGGCUGGCUUCCCGCUGAACAUCCGUCUGGUCAACAAGAAGCCGGUGUGAGUGAUUUUGUGGAGAAUCCAACGUUCCGCAAUAUAUUGCAUGAGGGCAUUAAACAAGGUCUGGCUGAAGGAGUAGACGAUAUCCAGAUUCAAGGGGCCAUACAAUUGCGUGAAGGGUGGAUGCACAUCAAUGAUCAGCGCAAUGUGCCAGCGCUUGGGCGCAUCGGUGACCCUGAUGACAUUCUCGGCUCUGUGCGGGUUGAGGAAGGGAAGAUCAAAGCCGAGACGUACGAAGCUAUGCCUGCAUAUCGACUUUGUACCUCGGAUGGUGUUGUACAACUGACCGAGGGGCUUGCUGGUAAACUACGGCAGAUCUUAGAAGAGCGCAUUCGCAGAGAGACGCGAUGA